AAUGCUAACAUGUGAAACUUCGUACACAUGCUCUACUUUUGAUUGAAGUACGGGACUAAAAGGGCAGAAUAAUUUGGAAAUCAGAUGACUUGUAUUUAACUUUUGUAUUUUGCAUUCAUUGAAACAUUUUACUUUGUGGUUGUAAGAACUGAAGAAAAAAUAUUUUCACAAGAGUGUUUAUGGAGAACAGAUUGAUGGAUCGUUCAUCAUCAGUUGCUUCUAUCAAUGAGUUGGUUGGCAAUGAAGAAGACAAAAGUUUGGCAAGAACUGGUGAAGAGAUUUGUUUGACCAAAUGCGAAGAUGAAGUGUUCAUUGCAAAUGCAUAUCGAUAUUGUAGCCGAUACCUUAUUGGCAACUGGGCAAAAUGCCCUCCUGAAGAAUUUGAUGUGCAUUAUGUCAGUGGUGGAUUGACAAACUAUCUGUACAUGUGCUCGCUACCCAACCACGUGAGCCUCCUGGAGAACGAACCGAGAAAAGUGUUAAUAAGAAUAUAUGGUAGUAUUGUGGACCGAAAGCAAAGAUUCAACGAAGGGGUUGUUUUCACCCUACUUUCCGAACGAGGUUUUGGUCCUAAAUCAUAUGGUGUGUUUUACUCUGGCCGUAUAGAGGAGUAUAUUCCACAUCGCCACCUUUAUACGAGAGAGCUGGCUGAUCCAGAAAUCUCAAAAAUGAUUGCAAACAAGACGGGACAUUUCCACUGCAUGAAACUUCCACUAAAUAAACAACCAGUGUUUUUAUGGGAAAGUUUUGAAAAAUUCCUGAGCAUGUGCAACGACAUUAAAUUUGAAAGUGACAAAAAUCAAAACUUGUAUGAAGCACUUAUGAAGGACUUUGAUUUCCACAAAGAAUAUGAUUGGUUACGAACGAUGUUGAUUCAAUUGAAUUCGCCAGUUGUCUUUUGCCACAAUGAUUUACAAGAAGGAAACAUACUUUACAUCAAAGAAGACAAGAAAACAGACAUCACGCUCAUAGACUACGAUUACAGCAGUUACAAUUACAGAGGAUUUGAUUUUGGAAAUCAUUUUUGUGAAUUCAUGUAUGAGUACAAGGACGAACAUGAAGAUGGAUUCAGAACAUAUCACAAUGGAUAUCCAACCAAAGAAGAACAGAUUAUUUUCGCAUCGGAAUAUCUGGAUACUUUAACACAAAUCAAAAACAAGAUUUUGCCAGGAGAAAGUAAUACUGAUAAAACAUGCGCUACCAUUCACAUCUGUAGUGUCGAAGAGCUUCUACAUGAAGCUAACAGAUUUGCUCUAGCAUCCCAUUUAUUUUGGGCAUUAUGGUCAAUUAUACAAGCUCACGUGUCCAAAAUCGAUUUUAAUUAUUUAAAAUACGCGAGAGUGCGCAUGGAAACAUACAAAGAACAGAAGAAACAAUUAGACUACGAAUGAUGUGCGCAAACGUUUUUUCUUCCGCCAGAUCUGCAUUUCAUCUUGUAGUUUUUUUUAAUUUCCGCUUUUAUAUGUCUUUAUUUUUGUAAAUAUUUAACCUUUUAUAUUAUAUAUUAUUAAUAUGAGAUAUAUAUAUUAUUUCUUACAGUUUUUCUUUUUAUGUACGUGCAAUCUUUAUGUUGUGAGUUCAGACUAGAUUUUGUUUGUGGAAUAUUUUGCCGCGCGAGAACAUUUCAAUCGCCUGUGAUAGCGGGAAUAUGGAAAGUUGGGAAAACUAAAUUAUAUUUGCAAAGAACUAUACUACUAAACUACUAAAAAUUCUCUUCAAAAUGCUUUUCAUGUAAAUAAAUGGAGGAUGAUGAAACGACUUGAUGACAAUGCUCUCUUCUUUCUAAAAAGGCUACUAAAUCAACGAGAAAUACAAAACAAAUUCUCUGAAAGGAUGCCUGCUUACGGUUAAACACCGUUCACUUUUUGUCUCCAUUUUUCGCCCUAAACAAACAUUUUCAAGCUUUUGCGAAUUUAUUGUAAUAAAUUAUAUUUGACAUAAUAAAAUACAAAGAUAUAUUACAGCUAAACUGUGUCCUAAAGUAUUAUAUUUGAAGUACAUAUUAGAUUAAUAGUUUAUUUGAAAAAUAUUUGUAAUAAAGUAGAAGGAAUUGUAAGAAUUUUUAUGCAAGAAUUUUAGGAAUUUUGUGGAAAUGAUAUAUAACAUUGUGUUUUUCUUAACUGUAUACGCAAAUCUGUUAGUGGAUCAUAAUUUAUCAUUUCAUAUUUUA